AUGCUUCCUUCUGAAUACCUGCUGAACUACAAGCUUUCUUCUUCCCUUCAAUCUUCCGAGCACGCGAACGUCGACCAAAUAAACCGGCAGCUAAACUUCAGUCACGGCGGCCUAUCUCUAAGCUUGGGGUCUCAAGAUCAAGCCGCCUCGUUCGCACACAUAAAUUCGGAUGAUAUGAACGAGUACGCGAAUUCUAGCAUCUGCUCGUUGCUUGAUUCGAUCCCUCAUCACGAUACCGACCUCAAAGACGCGCAGUACGUCGUAUCUUUCGACUCGGUCGGCAAGAAUUGCGACUCUCUCAGAUUCGGAGGACCUGUUUGCGAUUUUCAGGACACGAGUCAAGGAGGAGGGCCGGAUGUUGUUGCGGGUGUGAUUAGUAACUCCAAGUAUCUUAAGGCGGCCCGCGAUUUGCUCGACGAAUUGGUGAGCAUGCAUGGGGUUGGGAAGGGGCCCGAAAAAGCUCGGGAUUCGGGUUCGUCCAUUGGGGAGGAAAUUAAGGAGUCGGCCGAUGGUGGGGCCCGCGAGCUCUCAGCGUCCGAACGGCACGAUUUGCAGAGCAAGCUGACCAAACUCCUGUCAUUGUUGGAUGAGGUGGACAAAAGGUACAGACAAUAUCGGCACCAAAUCCGAGCCCUGUCAUCGUCCUUCGACUUGGCCGUGGGCCCCGGCGGUUCCCUUCCCUACACCUCCCUCGCCCGCCGCACAAUCUCCCGCCAGUUUCGAAUCCUUCACGAUGCAAUCAAGAAACAAAUCGAGUCGGCACAGAAGAAUUUAGGGGAUCAGGACUCGAGCUCUCAAGGUGCCUGCAUAUUGUCCCGCCUACGCCACGUGGACCAGCAGAUUAGGCAGCAGCAGAGAUCGGGACUUGUCGGGUUCGGACAUCAUCCCAAUCAUCAUGGGCUGAUGAUGAGACAACCUUGGAGGCCACAAAGGGGUCUACCUGAGAAUGCUGUCUCGGUUCUUCGCGCAUGGCUGUUCGAACACUUUCUGCACCCUUACCCAAAAGACUCAGAGAAAAUUAUUCUUGCGAGGGAGACUGGAUUGACGAGGAGCCAGGUGGCGAAUUGGUUUAUCAAUGCGCGUGUACGCCUUUGGAAACCAAUGAUUGAGGAGAUGUACAAGGAAGAAUUUGGAAAUGCCGAAAACGAACCCAAGUCCUCACCCGAACAUGCUCAAGACACACCACAAUCUUUCAACGAGAGAGGCGUAGAUCUUCAAGGAAAUAAUAGCUUGAUAUCUCAUCCAUUGAUCGACGAGAGCCAAAUGGUGAUCCCGGACGACGUUUUUCAGGGUGAUCAAAAUGUCCACUUCGGGUUGACUCAAUUGGAGACCAAAUUGAAUUUCGUUAGUGGGAGUGGCGGUAGCAAUUUUCGCGAACCGCAAAAGGAUGGGAUGAUCGGAAAUCAUGCAGUUACGCUUGCGCUCGGGUUGAGACAAAGCGAGAAAGAUUCAAAGCCGUCUUCGGGCAGCGGGUCUGUGAACGAGUAUUAUUAUGUGGAUCAUUCGGGGAAUAACCAGACUAGAUUUGUUAAUGCCAACCUUUUAUCUGAUUUCGUGGCCUGA